UUCUGAUGGGUGGCGCGAGCAGAUGAUUGCUCUUAUCGGUAAGGCUCCUACCGAGGCUGAGGUUGAUGUAGAGGAGGGAGAAGAGCCGAAGAAGAAGGAAAGGAAAGCAGCCAUAGCUGCUUUCACGUGGAUUCAAGCAAACUUCGCGCAUUGCCCUGCGGAUGCCACUGAUGAUGUGAUACAGACACAUGCUCGUGUCUAUAUGUGGUACGUUGUCUCGAGGACUUUGUUUCCUGACUCCACGGGCAAGAACGCUCCAUGGAUGUGGCUGAAGGCGUUGACCGUCUUCGAUAACAAAUGGAGCUGGGGUUCAGCGACUCUUGCGUACUUGUACGGACAGCUGGACGAUGCGUGUUGCAGGAUCACAGAUAGGGCAGGCAUUGGUGGUAAUAUGCUUCUACUUUCUGUAUGGAGCUGGGAGCGUCUGCCUGUUGGACGCCCGAAGAGCGUCAGGUUUAAUCCUUGGUAUGAAGAUGAAGAUGACGACUUACGGCGCCCCACUUGGGCUUACAAGUGGGAUGUGGUUUCCGAGAUGACGAACGAUGUCAAUCUCAUGUACCAAAAGUACAUUGCCGAGUUGGACACGAUUACGCCUGAGCAGGUGGAAUGGCAGCCAUAUGGCGCCGAUGACAGACUUGGGUACACCCCGGAGUUUUCCAUCAACCCGAUGUGCUUGCGGGAUAGGGAUCUCUAGCUUAUGCGGUGCCCACUGAUAUGCAACUGGGUUGUUCAGUUUCAUUUGCCACAUCGCGUGUUUCGUCAGUUUGGUCUGUUCCAGCCUCACCCACCGGAAUGGGUGGAUACGGACAAAGCACUUCAUAGGUAAGAGAGCGUAUUGACUAAGCAUCGUCAGUCCUUCUUGAUUUUGCUAAUGUUUGGUAUUGUACCAUGCAGGUUGGACAG